AUGACUAAUUCCAUACAUCCACAUGUCCCUUGCUGUGUUAGUGGAGACUACUGUCUCAGCAACUCCAUCUGCCUCGGCACCAACAGCAAGAACGAAAGCUUCUACUAUACGGCCGAUUGCACUGAUCAGACACUGACCGAUCCAGCCUGUGUGCCACGAUGCGGCGGCCGUAAUAGCGCCUUCAUCACCUACACGGACAAAGGAUCAUGGGCCUGCUGCGAGAAUACAUCUACAGGGGCUGUCAACUGCUCCGAUCCCUCGGACGAGGUCUAUCCCGGUCCUGCGCCCUCGAAGCUCGUGACAGUACAGUUUCUUCUGGCUUCGGGGACCCCCACGUAUGUGGUACAAGCUACGCUGGCAGAGACUGGAAGUAGUUCUAGUAUUGGGUCCAGCUCUGCGACAGAGUCGUCGUCCUCGGGUUUAGGCGUCGGCCCUGCUGCGAUGAUUGGUGUUUUUGCGACUGCAGGACUUGUGCUGGUUGUCACGGCUGUUGCACUCUGCUUUCUGCGGGUUCGAGUUACACGGAGAAGGCCUGCCACAAUCAAACAAAGCCACAGCGGCUACGAAGAUUCAUCCAGUAUGCUUGCCGCAAGAGUUGGUCCGCGUUUCAUCUCGGGGUCUGCCGCAAGGCCGGUGUACGAGCUGGACAAGACUGGACCAUCACACCAUGAAUUAGACUCAAAUACCGUAUUAUAG